AUGACCACACAACAUGACCGAGACAGAAGCGAUCAUGGAGAUGAUGACGACGACGACGAAUACAACGUCCCACUUUCCCAACAACGAGUUUUCGGCUCCGGCAUAAGACGCAAACCCAUUGAUUUCGUGCCUGCUUCAGACACCAAUGCUUCAAUCCUCGCCUCGACAACCACAGCCGCCAAGCCUACAAAUGUCGGUGCUAGAUAUCUGUCCAUUGUAAUGGGCAAAGACGAAUCGUCUGUGAACAACGAGCUCGAGAACAAACAAAAUGAUAUCAAUCCGUCUGGCUCUGAACCCAGCAACAACAACAACACAUGCGCCGUCUGCAACCAACCCCUCCUCACCACCCACAACUCGCAAGAUAAAACCACUUUAAACGCCCAUGAAUCCUCCAUCGCCCAUCAAGUCUGUUUAGAACACUCAUACCAGCCAUCCAACAUCGAUCGAGAUCGUGUCGGGGUGAAAUACCUAACUGCAUAUGGAUGGGAUGUCGAUGGGAGAAAAGGCCUGGGCGCAUCAGCGGAAGGGAUUCGAUUUCCGAUUAAAGUCAAAGAGAAGAAUGAUACGGUCGGGUUAAGGGAGUCUGUUGAUCCAGAUGACGAUGACGAACAACAGAGCAGACGGAAGAAGAAGAAACGUCAUGUCAAGAAUGAACAAGAGAAAAUCGUCAGACUGAAUGCGAAGAAGAUUCGCAAGAUGGAUAUUGAGGCGAAAAAACGGGCUGAGAAGAUACGACAGUCGUUCUAUGGACCGGAUCUAGAAGAAUACUUGGGUCCGAAUUCUUGAUCUGGUCUGGACUGCUGAACAUUCACCGUUCAAUCACCAUUGAUUCACAAUCACAUUCUUCGAUAUACUGUAUCCACCUCAUCGAGAUGCGACGGUUGGGCUACCUAGGUACCUGACUAUCCCCAAGGCUGCCAUACCAGACCACACCACACCGUGCCUCUUGCGGCCGGGCCACCAGACCAACUCCCAACUCCGGGCUAAGGAUCAACCAAAAUGCAUCCGCUAGUGCUUCUUGAAGAGCCCACGAUGUUUCUUCUCCUUCUUUAACUUGCCGGAGUUCUGGCUGGCAGCAGCCAAUGGAUCUGGUGGCGGGACGAACCCAGCCGUUGGUGGUCGAGGACCAGAUGCUCCGGGUGCUCCGGUGCCCACUCCAGGACGAAUACCGUUAGAUGGUUGUCUGGCGCCAAUGUUCAUCCUCUGCAUUGCAUCCGUUGGUGGAUUGAAAGACCCAUUGGACGGUCGUCCGUUAGGAGGUGCCUGAGGUCGAGGCUGCAGGGCUUGAGGUGGAGGAUCAGACAUCCAAGAGGGAAGUUUGGGUGGAGGUCGAUCUGCGGGGAGGUCGAGUUGUCGCCGCCCUGUACUCAGCAGACUGACCUGUCGCAGAAAGGUCUUGGGCGUGACCAUGUGUGUGGUGGCAAGGAAAAUCUCCUUUCCAGCCAUGCGUGAAACCUCGUAGCAUGCUCUGGACUCGGCAUAUGUGGCUCCGCCGGCAACAAAUACGAUGAUACGUUGUCGAGGCUUGUUGGAUUGAGCCCGCGUUUGUGCCCAUGUGGGCUUGCCAGCAUUUCUGAGUGAUGUUUGCGAUACGCCGGUUUGCAUGUUGGGAUCAUUGAGAUGUGGUUUGAGGGGUGGAAAGAUGUGUGGAUCCAAAGUCCCUUGACAUUGUUCCUCGAGCAUAUAUCGAAGCGCCGGUUCGAAUCGAGAGAGACUGACUUCUUCCAUGGAACUGGAAGCAGCGGCGUUCUUGGGUGCAAAUAGCGGCGGCGCUGGGACAACCGUGUCCUGUAACUGUUUCUCUACCCUGACGCCCAGUGUCAUGAGGUU